AUGGUGCCGAAGGCCAUCCGUUUACCUUCAGUUUUUCAAGCAAUUUGUUUUGGUUUUGAUGCGGAUGGAAUUCAGCUAACCGAUGAGCUCUUGGAUGAGCAGAAUAACUAUGGAAAAUUGUGCAAACACAUUAUCGGUCAUUCUAUUUUGGAAAUAUUAUAUGUAAAGGACGGUUCCCCGGUUGCCAUGAGUCCAAGUGAUUUUGCUUUGGUAUCGGUUGUUAAGCAACCAAGUGCCCUUCAAGUCGGGCUCAUGUCGAAGGAUGAGGACGGAGCCUCUUCAAGUCAGCCCCGUGCGGACGUGACACAACUAGAGUGA